AUGUCGCCGGCCUUCAACCUCCAGACGUGCGCGCGGCCAAACAUCCUAGCCCUCGAACCGUACCGCUGCGCAAGAGACGAUUACAAGGACGACGGCUCCAAUGUACUGCUCGAUGCCAACGAGAACGCUUAUGGACCAUCACUUGGCGCCGGCUCCGCCUCCUCCUCCCUCGCCGCCGAGGCCGAGGCGACCGGUCUUGAUCUGCUCGGCCUCCACCGCUACCCCGACCCCCACCAGGCCGAUCUCAAGCAGCAGCUGUGCACGCUGCGCAACACGCACGCCCACACGGCCAAGACGCUGACGCCCGAGAACCUGUUUGUCGGCGUCGGCAGCGACGAGGCCAUUGACGCGCUGCUGCGCUGCUUCUGCGUGCCGGGCCGCGACCGCAUCCUGGUGUGUCCGCCCACGUACGGCAUGUACAGCGUCUCGGCGCAGGUCAACGACCUGGGCCUCGUCAAGGUGCCGCUGACGCCCGCGCCCGCGUUUGGCGUCGACGUCCCGGCCGUGCUGGCAGCGCUCACGGCGUCCGUCGCGGCGAGCGACUACGACAUCAAGGUGGUGUACCUUUGCUCGCCCGGCAACCCCACGGGCAGCGCGCUGCGCAAGGAGGACGUUGCCGGCGUGCUGGGCCACGCGACGUGGAAUGGCAUUGUCGUGGUCGACGAGGCGUACGUCGACUUUGUGGCCGACCAGCACAGCGCGUCGCUCGCCGAGUGGGUGCUCGAGUGGCCCAACCUGGUGGUCAUGCAGACGCUGUCCAAGGCCUUUGGCAUGGCCGGCAUCCGGCUCGGCGCUGCGUUCUGCGCGCCGCCCGUCGCCCGCCUGCUCAACGCCUUGAAGGCACCCUACAACAUUGCCAGCCCCACGAGCACGCUCGCCCGCACCGUGCUGGGCGCCGACGGGCUGGCCGCGAUGGCCGCCAACCGCGCGAAGCUGGUGGCCCAGCGCGACCGCCUGGUGGCUGCGCUCCCGCAGAUUCCCGGUGUCGGCCGGCUCCGCGGCGGCACCGAGAGCAACUUUUUGCUGUACGAGAUGCUGAACAAACAGGGCGAGCCCGACAACGCGACGGCGCUCGCCGUGUACACAAAGCUGGCCGAGCAGCGCGGCGUAGUCGUGCGGUUCCGCGGCAAGGAGCACGGCUGCCUGGGCUGCCUGCGGAUUACCGUUGGCACCGAAGACGAGGUGACAAGAUUCCUGGAGGCGCUCAAGACGACGCUGGCCGAGGUCAGAGUGUAA